AUGAAGACUCCUCAUGAUUCUACUUGGUUAUGGAGGAGGGUUAUUGAAAAUAGACCUAUUGCUAGGAAGCUUCUUGGUUCUAUGAUUGGUGAUGGGGCUAGUACUUCAUUUCUUCAAGAUAAUUGGCAUCCCAAAGAUGGUACUUGGAUUUUCCCUUCCCCUUGCUCUGAUAAUGCACUAACUUCUUUCCACCAAAUCUCAAUAGUGGAUAUAAAUGUAAAUGAAAAAGAUCUUGUUGUGUGGAGACCUAGUACUUCAGAGAAGUUUACUAUGAAAGACACUUAUAAGGCUAUUUUUCCUCAUGGUGACCCUAUCUUUUGGCACUAUAUUGUCUGGUUCAAGCUACAUAUUCCUAGACAUUCCUUGAUUGCUUGGGUGGCUCUUUAUGGACGACUGAAGACAAGAGAUAAACUUAUUAAACGGGGAGUUAGUGAAAAUGAAAACUGUGUUCUGUGUGACACUGGUAGAGAAUCUGAAGCUCGUCCAUGA